UAUUCAUUAAGAGGUAAACUUCAGCUGCCUCAAAAAACAGAGUAAUUUAGUUGACCUAUAAGAUAGUUCUAGGGUAAUGGACAAACUGGGAUUCGGGUGCCCCUUCUCCUUCUUGGCCGGAAAACCGCGGAGUACGAGUGGUGGACCCGGUUUCCUAGAUCUCAACUACGACUGCUACCUUGAGAUAUUUUCAUAUCUGAAUGCACUGGAGGAUCAGCUAAAUCUGGGCCGCACCCAUCCACUAUUCCGGGCUGUUCUAGCGGACAUUUUGCGAACGCGCUACGAAAAAGUCAAUGUGCGGCUUCUCAAAUCUAUUCCGGACUGGGAGUUCCUGCUGCAGCUGUGCGGUUCCGAAGUGUCCAGAUGCGAAGUGCCCCAUGGUCGCUGGGAUGAGCCGUUUACCUACCCCUUUCUGGUGCUCCUGGGACGACACUGCCCCAAUCUGAGACAGGCAGUAAUCAUAUUUAUGCACGCUGUCACAGAGACGCCGCCCGAAAGUGGGGACAGGGGCCAUAUUAUGCAGCUACUCCUGGGGCUACCCAGUCUAACCAAUCUCACACUGAUCGAUGCUAGAUCUGCACAGCUAUAUCAACUGCGGCACUUUAGUAAUCUGGAGGCCUUGGACCUGGAUGGAAUAGACCCAAACCUCAGUAACGCCUCCUUCCAGCAAAUGUUUGAAAACAUGGUUUGCCUAAAGCGAUUGCUUCUUAAUUUUGGGCGAGAUCGCAUGAGAUCUCACCAGCUCCCGCUGCUGGCAGAUAAGUUCCCCAAUUUGGACCACCUUACCCUGGAAAACUUUGAUGUGGGCUUUUCGGAGUUAGGUGAAUUCAAAGCCCUCCGAUCGCUGCGCCUAAUCUCCCGUUGGAUAGCGGAAGUAAACAACGAUUUUUAUAGAUCGGUAGUCAAAAGCACUGGUAACCUCCAAAAGCUCCAGCUCAUAUCCGUCCGCGUCAGAGGUGACCAAGUGCAUAACAUCCUUGCAAUAAGUCGACUCACUGCUCUGGACUGUGAUAACUGGCCAGCGCAAUCGGUUGCCCAGCUGGGUGAGUUACAAAAUCUUGAGUGCCUGGCCCUGGAUUGCAUUGACUCACCUGCAAACCCAAGUCGUCAACUUAUGUUCCUAGUGAAAAAUUGCAAAAAGCUAAAUCAUUUAAGAUUGGGAAAACGCUGGAAGAUGCCUGCCGAGGAUGUAACUAUAUUUUUGGACAAAGUGACAGAUGCAUUAGCGGAUCGGAAAAUUAAACUCCAGCUAACCCUUGACUUUAUCACGACACCGGAUUCUCGGAAAGAGUUCGCAGAUCAUUUCAGGGAUCAUAAACACUUGCAAGUGGGUUUUGAUGGAGCCACCUGUCAUCACUGCCAGCGUGACACCCACUCUAAGUGCGAUACCAUCUUUGAUUAGUUAUCUUUUAACUUAAGACUCACCUCACAGUGCGAUUUUUCAAUGGCGACUGUCAGCCUAAGAAUCCAAUCGUUGUAGGGGAUUCCCUUCCCUUCGAACGCAUCUUCUUUGAUUUUGUAAUCAUAAACAUCUUGAUCGGAAUGACGUGCCCCUCCUUGCCAGUCCAUGAUUAUUAAUGGUAGUGGAAAAAUCGUAUUCAAACGAAAAUCAAACGCCGGAUGCCACAAAAUACAAGUGGCAUGCGAGUCCACAAAGAAUUGCUGAGCUAAUUAUAUAUUCUUUUAAAGACUUGUACUAGGCUAACGAAAGAACAACCUACCAAAAUAACUAAGUACAGUACUCCAGUAAUAUGGCUCUACCAGCAAAUUUUCCAUCUCACAGCUUUUUGCUCUUUAAGUGUUUCUAAAUAGUCAGUAAAGAAUGUAAAUUUUUUUUUUCGUGCUGUCUGCGUAAAAAAAAUGUAUUAUUAUCUACAUACAUAUACAUUGUGAUGUUUCCUAAAUGUUUUAGUUAAAUGUUAAAUGUAUAUUGCUAAUAACUCACCGUGUGAUGCACCCGACUAACCAAACGCCGACGAAAAAUGACCGACAAGUCGAAGAAAAUUUUAUUUUAAGAAAAAAAGCACGCUUUGCACUCACUAUUAAGAGGACUUCUAUAAAUUAUGUAUUUAUCAAAUUAGGUGCAUGCACAACCAGUAAAACGCAAUGUUAAACUGUUAAAAUAUUUAUUGUUAUAAAUACGUUAACGUUUACGGUAAAUAAUAAACAAAUAAAAUGUUUGUAUUAAAUAAUUUUAAUAUUACAAACUAAGCUUAAUCGGGUGUAGAAAAUAGA